CAGCGUAGUACGAGAAACAUUGGGAGCCUUUUCGAAUUUUCCGAGAAUAAAGAGGUAGCACAGCACAGGCGGCCGACAUUGGCGCUUGCCCACCGAACUUGAAACAUUUCUCUCGGAGCUUUCUCAACAAUGGCGGAUGAAGGCUUGGCUUCUCACAGAAGAGACCCUAUUAAGUCUUCAGUCGGGAAUGCUGCGUCAAAUCGAAGACGGCAACAUGCGGUUACGGUGGGAAAAGAAAGAAGAGAAUCAUUGGUGCGGGCGAAGCGCCUAUGCAGAGCGGGGAUUAGUGAUGAGAGUGAUGUUUCUCUUGACAAUGAUAUGAUGAUUGAUGAAGAACAAUCAAUUUUGGAGGCUCAAACUUCUUCGGCAGUGGAAGAGUUGAAGUCAGCCGUGGCAUAUCAGGGAAAAGGUGCAAUGCAGAAGAGAGUAAGUGCCCUUCGUGAACUAAGGCGUUUGUUGUCAAGAUCUGAAUUACCUCCUGUUGAAGCUGCUCUUAAAGCUGGUGCAAUAUCCAUACUUGUGCAGUGUCUUUCAUUUGGCUCUCCAGAUGAACAGUUGCUUGAGGCUGCUUGGUGCCUCACAAAUAUUGCAGCAGGAAAACCCGAAGAAACAGAAGCGUUAUUGCCUGCAUUACCAUUGCUGAUUGCUCAUCUUGGAGAAAAGAGUUCCUUGUCUGUUGCUGAGCAGUGUGCAUGGGCAUUAGGAAAUGUUGCUGGUGAAGGAGAGAAGCUGAGAAAUGUUUUGCUAUCCCAAGGGGCCUUACUACCUCUUGCAAGAAUGAUGCUGCCAAACAAGGGUUCAACUGUGAGAACAGCUGCUUGGGCAUUGUCAAACCUAAUCAAGGGACCAGAUGCGAAAGCCACCACUGAACUCAUCAGAGUUGAUGGGGUAUUGGAUGCAAUUGUUCGGCAUUUGAAAAAAGCGGACGAUGAGUUGGCAACUGAAGUAGCAUGGGUAGUUGUGUAUCUCUCAGCCCUUUCAAAUGUUGCUACCUGUAUGCUAGUGAAGAGUGAUGUCCUUCAAUUGCUUGUGGAAAGAUUGGCAGCAUCAAAUAGCUUGCAAUUGCUCAUUCCGGUGCUGCGGAGUUUAGGUAAUCUCGUAGCUGGUGACUCCAGCACAACUAACACUGUUUUUGUUCCUGGACGUGAAAUUACAGAUAAUGUUAUAGAAGUCCUUGUAAAAUGUUUGAAGAGUGAACACCGGGUUUUGAAGAAGGAAGCAGCGUGGGCACUAUCUAAUAUAGCUGCUGGUUCUGUUGAACACAAGCAGUUGAUAUAUAAUAGUGAGGCAGUGUCAUUGCUAUUGCGCCUUCUGUCCACAGCACCAUUUGACAUAAGAAAGGAAGUAGCAUAUGUACUGGGGAACCUCUGUGUUGCCCAAACAGAAGGUGAUGGAAAACCAAACCUGAUCCGGGAGCACUUGGUUUCACUUGUUGGUAGAGGAUGCCUGCCUGGAUUUAUUGACUUGGUUAGAUCUGCUGAUACUGAGGCUGCAAGACUAGGACUUCAGUUCAUGGAGCUGGUUUUGAGGGGCAUGCCACAUGGUGAGGGCCCAAAGCUUGUUGAGCGAGAGGAUGGAAUUGAUGCCAUGGAAAGAUUUCAGUUUCAUGAAAAUGAAGAACUGAGAAAUAUGGCAAAUGGUCUAGUGGACAAGUACUUUGGAGAAGACUAUGGGCUUGAUGAGUAGGGCAAGUGAUGCAUCUCCAGAGAUUCCCAGCUAUCUUCUUCCUUCCUUGUAUGCAACACCUUUUGGUUUUCUUUGCCAAUCCUCCUGUGCAAUUUAUAACAAGUUUUUGGUUCAAGAAUUCAGUGUCCAUGGUGAAUAGAGUAAGAUCUUUAGGUUUGGUUUAAACAUGUAAGAUAUGGGGUCAGCUGAUGGCCUCUGUUGGGCACUGUUUGUAAGAUCUGUUUUUUGUCUCUUAUCCUGGUGAAUCUUGGGUUUAUAUA